UCGUCUUCUCUCUCUCUCUCUCUCUCUCUCUACAAGCAAAGGAUCUGACGACAAUUCUUCUAUCAGAUUUCAGCGAUAAUGUCUGAGGAAUCAAAAGCUCCUCUGGUUCCUAAAGAAGAGAAGGCUGCUGCGGGGAGUACGGCUUCAGCAGAGGCACCGCCUGCGCAGAGAAGAGCAGCUCCAGCACCAGCACCAAUACCGCCAGUUGCCGGAAUGCCAAAUCCAUUUGAUUUCUCAGCUAUGUCAGGAUUGCUUAAUGACCCAAGCAUCAAGGAAUUAGCCGAACAGAUUGCAAAGGACCCUUCUUUUAAUCAGAUGGCGGAACAGCUUCAGAAAACUUUCCAAGGUGAUGCAGUUGAAGAGGGUAUCCCCAGCUUUGACCCUCAACAGUAUUAUUCGACGAUGCAACAAGUCAUGCAAAAUCCACAGUUUAUGAACAUGGCUGAGAAGCUUGGUAGUGCAUUAAUGCAGGAUCCAGCCAUGUCUGGCGUGCUUGAAAACUUCACAAAUCCUGCCAAUAAAGACCAACUUGAAGAACGAAUGGCUCGUGUCAAGGAGGAUCCAUCUUUGAAGCCUAUCCUUGAAGAGAUCGAGAAUGGCGGUCCUACUGCAAUGAUGAGGUACUGGAAUGAUAAAGAGGUUCUCCAGAAGUUGGGCGAAGCAAUGGGAUUCGCAGUCGGUGGAGAAGGUGCCACAUCUGCUGGCGAUACUGUUGAAGACGAAACAGAGGAAGUUAAUGAUGAGGAAUCCAUUGUUCACCACACUGCUAGCAUUGGUGAUGUGGAGGGCUUGAAGAAAGCCCUUAGUGAAGGUGCUGAUAAGGAUGAAGAAGACUCCGAGGGAAGGACAGCGUUGCAUUUUGCGUGUGGAUAUGGCGAGGUCAAGUGUUCUCAAAUUCUGCUGGAGGCAGGGGCAAAGGUGGACACGUUGGAUAAGAAUAAGAACACUCCUCUCCACUACGCAGCCGGUUAUGGCAGAAAGGAGUGUGUCGAGCUUCUGUUGAAAAACGGCGCUGCUGUCACUCUUCAGAACCUGGAUGGAAAGACACCUAUCGAUGUUGCUAAACUAAACAACCAAAGUGACGUGCUGAAGCUACUCGAGAAGGAUGUGUUUCUAUAAGUCGUGAUUAAGUCGCGUUUUUUAUAUUUAUUUAUAUGAGCCAUUGCUAACUUAAACCUUGUUUUCUUGAAAUGAUAUUUUGCUGGUGUAUGGUUUGCCAUGUUUGGAUUCACUUUUAUUUGAUUUCAUUUCAUCAGCUGUAUUUCCAG